AUGCUGGCGAAUGCAAUUCUGUUCGCGAUUUGCUUGCCACUCGUCACCAUCACGGGCAAGUCGGCCAAUCGUCUACUGGACAUAACAGAUGUAGAUAGCUACGUGGACAUGUGUCAAGAAUCGGAGCAUCAGAAACAGCGCCCCUCUCCAGAAUACGGUCUGACUUCGUGCACUGCGUGGAAAAACAACUCAUGCUGUACUGCGGCGACGGCGACAUCGAUAACAAGUGAAAAGUUGCAUGGCUUCAACUUCGAAGUUUGUGGCAAAAUGAGCAGUGCUUGUCUUGCAUUCUUCCAUGAUGACCACUGUCUUGUUAAGUGCUCGCCGAACCUCGGGCCAUGGUUAGUUCAGCUUUCUAGUUCAAGAUUCAAUGAGCGUGCCUUCAAAGUGCCUCUAUGUGAGUCAGAUUGCAACAGUUGGUAUGACGCUUGCAAAAAUGACAAAACUUGUGCUACGAAUUGGAACUCCGGUGGUUUCGAUUGGGAAUCGGGUAGGUAA